AUUUACGCACGUGCCUAUAGUUGGAGACGGUGUCACCGGCCUUUCUAUCUUUCUCUACGGGGAAAUCUUCUCAGUCUUCGUCGGCGCGGUCGUACAUGCUUUCGGGUUCCUUCUCCGGUUCAAUAUAGCGAAUUUGAGGUUGUGUUCCGCUAUUUGUACACGUUUUCGCCGGUUUAGAAUUCUCACAGUUAUAAGGGCGUUUGUUUUGUUAUCUUCAUUAUAAGCUUUGGUGCGGGAGAAGUGCUACCUGAUGGUGGAAAUCUUGUAACAUUUUUGGGUUAUGUGAAGAAUAGAGGAGAUGAAGCUACAGGCACAUAUUCCGGGUCAGAUAUCGGGUCAGGUACCUAAUCAAGCAGGAUCUCAGUUACCUGGACUGACCCAAUUGAAUGGGAAUGUUCCUCCUCAGAUGCCAAUUAUGGGUGGUGUUCCGCGUCCAACAAUUAAUAUGGACCCUGAAUUACUUAGAGCACGAUCGUUUAUUCAAGAGAAGAUAUAUGAUAUGUUAUUGCAACGACAACAGCAUCCAGUUACAGAAGUACAUAGAAGGAAAGUUAAGGAUCUUGCAAAACGCUUGGAGGAGGGCAUGUUAAAAGCUGCUCUCUCUAAGGAGGACUACAUGAACUUGGAAACUCUAGAGAGUCGUUUAUCUAAUUUCCUAAGAAGAGCACACAUGAAUAAUCACAACCAACAGUAUCAACAGCUUGUUACCUCUGCUCCAAUUGGUACAAUGAUACCAACUCCUGGUAUGUCCCAAGUUCCUAAUUCUAGCAUGCUGGUUCCCUCUUCUAUGGAUGCUUCAGUGAUUUCUACCAGUGGCUGCAAUAGCAUAGGAUCAACAUCUUUCAAUGGUGUAAGCAUGUUACCAUCUGGUGGUAUGCUUGGAAGUUCUGUAAAUCGAUCUGAUGGUUUGUCCAAUGGUUAUCAGCAGUCUUCAUCCAGCUUUUCUGUUGGGUCAGGGGGGAAUAUGUCAGCAAUGGGGGUGCAGAGAAUUGCUAGCCAAAUGAUUCCCACUCCUGGUUUUAGUGUCAGCAGUAAUAAUUCACACAUGAAUAUAGAUUCUUCCACUACUGGCAGUUCCUUUUCUGGUGUAGAGUCUACAAUGGUAUCGCAGCCAUCACUGCAGCAGACGAAGCAGCAUGGGCAAAAUAGUCAUGUUUUGCAGAACAUUGGCAGCCAAAUGGGUAGUGGAAUGAGAUCUGCUUUACUGCAAAAAUCAUUUGGGAACUCAAAUGGUGCUGUAAAUAGUGGACUUGGCUUGAUUGGAAACAAUAUGCAACUUGCAAAUGAACCUGGAACUACUGAUGGUUAUGCGCCAACCUACGUUAAUUCCCCUAAACACUUACAGCAGCACUUCGAUCAAAAUCAGCAACCAGUUGUUCAGGGUGAUGGAUAUGGAUUGAAUAAUGUUGACACGUUCGCUUCUGGAAAUUUUUAUGCAUCUGCAACAACCUCUGGGUCCAUGAUUAAUGCUCAGAACACAAAUUCAGUAAAAUUGCCAUCAAUACCCAAAACUAGUUCAUUGAUAAGUGGUCACUCAAAUUUGCAUGGUAUCCAGCAGGCUGCUCAUAUAAAGUCUCAAGCAAUUAAUCAACUGGAAAAGUUGAGUUUCCAGUCUUCAUUGUCUUCACGAGAUGGACUUCUGCAUUCGCAACAGCAACAUCAGCAAAGGCCCCAACAAUAUCAACAGCCAGACCAGUAUGCACAGCAGCAAUGCCAAUUGAAGAUGCAAAAUCAGCAACCUCAGCAUAUGGUGAACAACGAUACUUGCAGUCAGUCUCAACUGUCUUCUCAUCUAGAGAACCGAGUGAAGCCUGAGCCGGGGGUUGAACACCAUAAGGAAGUACUCAGCUCUCAUGUUCCUGAACAGUUUCAUUUGGCUGAGAUGCAGAGUCAUUUCCACCAGAACUCAGCUGAAGAUUGCUCUAGGAGUGAUCAACAUCUUGCAUAUCCAUCUGGUGUACAUGACUUAGCCUCGUCAACACCUCAAAAUUCACAACAAAUGUUGCACAUGCACCAAUUGGUUGCAGAGCCUCAGAAUAAUCUUAACUGUCUUACGGUUGGGCUGCAAUCCAAAUCUUUAGUUCUAAAUCAAUGGCCUCAGUCACAAGAUAGUAACCAUAUGCCUGCGAAUAUUUCACAUGAGCAGCAUGUCCACAGGGAUUUCCACCAAAGAAUAUCAGUGCAGGGUGAAGCUCAGUGCAAUAAUUUAUCUUCAGAUGGAUCGAUUAUUGGUCAAGCAGUUGCUCCUAGAGCUUCAGUUGAUCUGAUAGACUCUGGAAGUGGGGUCAAAAAGGAACACAGGAAUCAGCAGAGGUGGCUUUUAUUUCUACUUCAUGCCCGACGGUGUCCUGCCCCUGAAGGACAGUGCCCAGAACGCUUUUGUUCUAAUGCACAGAAGUUAUGUAAGCACAUAGAUGGUUGUAACAAGGUUCAUUGUUCAUAUGCUCGGUGUCAUCAUACCAGGCUUUUGAUUCGUCAUUACAUGAACUGCAAGGAUCCUUGUUGCCCUGUUUGUGUUUUCGUAAGAAAUUAUCGACGUGCAGUGCAACUUAAGUCUCAGAUUCGGUCAGAGCAUGAAUCAAGUUUGCCAAUUACAGCAAACGGGUCCUGUAAAACAUAUAAUACUGUGGCCCCGUUGGCUAGAUUGAUCUCAAAGCCUCCAUUAGCUGCUGAAACUUCAGAAGAUCUACAUCCAUCUCUAAAACGUAUAAAGACUGAGCAUUGCACCAUGCAAUCCAUGAAUCCUGAAAAUGACAAUUCUUCAUCCAUUUCUGCAAAUUGUGAAUCUCUUAUUUCCAGGGAUGCACAGUCCCUGGCCUAUCCAAAUGCUGAGAAAUCUAUCUCAAUUAAGUCUGAGAUUGCUGAAGUUAAGGCUGAAGCUUCAGCACAUUUGGUACAUGAAAAGCUUAGUGAGAUGAAAAUGGAUAGCAAUCGUUCAGAUAAUAAAACGUUGGGUGGUGAACCUGCCAAAUAUGAUGAACCUGCUAAUUUAUGUAGGUCAGAACAUGUUAAAACUGAGAAAGAAAGUGCACAAGAUAAGCAAGAAAAUGUGAUGCAGCCAUCUGAAAAUGCAGCUGGAACCAAGUCUGGCAAGCCAAAAAUAAAGGGUGUCUCGUUAACUGAACUAUUUACGCCUGAGCAAGUCAGGGAACAUAUCACUGGCCUAAGGCAAUGGGUUGGUCAAAGCAAAUCAAAAGCAGAGAAGAACCAAGCAAUGGAGCAUUCGAUGAGUGAGAAUUCUUGUCAGUUGUGUGCUGUAGAGAAGCUUACUUUUGAACCCCCACCAAUCUAUUGUACAACCUGUGGUGUUCGUAUUAAACGAAACAAUAUGUAUUAUACCACGGGGGCUGGUGAUACACGGCAUUAUUUUUGUAUUCCAUGCUAUAAUGAUGCUCGUUCAGAGAACAUUAACGUUGACGGGACUCCAAUUCCGAAGUCAAGAUUGGAAAAGAAGAAGAAUGAUGAAGAAACUGAGGAAUGGUGGGUUCAAUGUGAUAAAUGUGAAGCCUGGCAACAUCAAAUUUGUGCCUUAUUUAACGGAAGAAGAAAUGACGGUGGACAAGCUGAAUACACUUGCCCUAACUGCUAUAUUCAAGAGGUAGAAAGAGGAGAGCGCAAGCCUUUACCCCAAAGUGCUGUUCUUGGAGCCAAAGAUUUGCCGCGAACCAUUCUCAGUGACCACAUAGAACAGCGAUUAUUUAAAAGACUAAAGCAAGAAAGGCAGGAGAGGGCAAGGCUUCAUGGAAAAUCUUAUGAAGAGGUUCCAGGAGCUGAAUCGCUUGUUAUAAGAGUUGUGUCAUCUGUUGACAAGAAGUUAGAAGUGAAACAGCGAUUUUUGGAGAUUUUUCAGGAAGAAAAUUAUCCAACAGAAUUCCCAUAUAAAUCCAAGGUAAUUUUGCUGUUUCAAAAGAUUGAAGGUGUGGAAGUCUGCCUAUUUGGCAUGUAUGUCCAAGAAUUUGGAUCUGAAUGUCAGUUGCCCAACCAGCGCCGAGUGUAUCUUUCAUAUCUUGACUCUGUGAAGUAUUUUAGGCCUGAGGUUAAGGCCGUAACUGGAGAGGCUCUUCGGACAUUUGUUUACCAUGAAAUUCUGAUUGGAUACCUUGAAUAUUGCAAGAAACGUGGUUUUACAAGCUGCUAUAUAUGGGCAUGUCCACCAUUGAAGGGUGAAGACUAUAUUUUAUAUUGCCAUCCAGAAAUUCAGAAAACACCAAAAUCUGAUAAGCUUAGGGAAUGGUAUCUGUCCAUGCUGAGAAAAGCUAUCAAGGAGAAUAUUGUGGUUGAUCUCACCAACUUAUAUGAUCAUUUCUUUGUAUCUACUGGUGAAUCUAGGGCUAAGGUUACAGCUGCCAGACUCCCAUAUUUUGAUGGUGACUACUGGCCUGGGGCUGCUGAGGAUUUGAUUUAUCAGCUUCGCCAAGAGGAAGAUGGAAGGAAACAAAAUAAGAAAGGAACAACUAAAAAAACUAUAACAAAAAGGGCCUUAAAAGCAUCUGGUCAGUCAGAUCUCUCUGGCAAUGCCUCGAAAGAUCUGCUUCUCAUGCACAAACUUGGUGAAACCAUUUGCCCAAUGAAGGAGGAUUUUAUCAUGGUUCAUCUACAGCAUGCAUGCAGUCAUUGUUGUAUUCUAAUGGUGUCUGGCAACCGUUGGGUUUGCAACCAGUGCAAGAAUUUUCAGAUUUGUGAUAGGUGCUAUGAAGUGGAAUUAAAACGUGAAGAGAGAGAAAGGCAUCCUAUUAAUCAGAGGGAGAAACAUACCCUUUAUCCAAUUGAAAUCAAUGAUGUUCCAGUUGAUACAAAGGACAAAGAUGAUAUUCUCGAGAGUGAAUUCUUUGAUACUAGACAAGCAUUUCUCAGUCUCUGCCAGGGAAAUCAUUAUCAAUAUGAUACACUUAGGCGAGCCAAGCAUUCAUCAAUGAUGGUUCUAUAUCAUCUUCAUAAUCCAACCGCUCCUGCAUUUGUGACUACCUGUAAUAUAUGCUAUCUCGACAUAGAAACUGGCCAAGGGUGGCGCUGUGAGGUUUGCCCCGAGUAUGAUGUAUGUAAUGCUUGUUAUCAAAAGGAUGGAGGCAUUGACCAUCCCCAUAAGUUGACAAAUCAUCCAUCAAUGGCAGAUCGUGAUGCUCAGAACAAAGAAGCAAGGCAGCUUCGAGUAUUGCAGCUACGGAAAAUGCUUGAUCUACUUGUGCAUGCAUCCCAAUGUCGUUCCGCACAUUGCCAAUAUCCAAAUUGCCGCAAAGUAAAGGGGCUUUUCCGCCACGGGAUGCACUGCAAAACACGAGCUUCUGGAGGUUGUGUUCUUUGUAAGAAAAUGUGGUAUUUGCUUCAACUCCAUGCUCGUGCUUGCAAGGAAUCGGAAUGCCACGUGCCGCGUUGCAGGGAUUUGAAAGAGCAUUUAAGGAGAUUGCAGCAACAGUCUGAUUCACGGCGUAGGGCUGCUGUAAUGGAGAUGAUGAGGCAAAGAGCUGCAGAAGUUGCCAACAACGCUGGAUGAGCAAUUUGUUAUGUAGAUACGAAGGAUAAUGCUAAGUCCAAAUGGAGGUAGACAUUAGGUACACCGUACACCUAUGUUCUGACAGCGAUGAUUUCUUUUUGUGGGAAUACAUAGUGCAUCUUCUAUUGAUUGUUUGUAGUAUCCUUUAUUUAAAGCUUAAAAGUAAAUAGUUUAGUAUCUUUUAGCAUGUUUCGCAUUUAAUAAACAAUUAUUGCUGUUUGCUGGAUAGCAUCUGCAGAUCAGUUUCUUGUUAUUGAUUAUUAUUCCUCUAUGAUUUACCGCAAUGGAAGGUUUCAGUGUAUACAGUAGCCUGUCCAGAUCUUAUACAAUAUAUAAGGAAUUAAGGAUCGGUUCGAUUUGUAAAAAUACUUGAGCUUUUGAUGAUAUUAUUUUGUAAAACAUGACAUCUUUUCUUGUAAAUAUA